UCGUCCAUUUCCAGCUAGUACAGCUAAUGAAAGGACAAAAGACGAAAUAAAUGAGGGCAAUAAAAAUAUGGAAUGGCAGCCCUCUGUUUCUAGCUACAGCCAAUGACUUGGUAAUCAAAUUCUCCUAUAUAUACCGCACCAACUCAACCCCAAUCUCCAUCCAUUACCACAUCACCCUCAUUUUUCCUCUCCUCGCUUAGCUUUUCUCCUCCCUGCUAGCUUAACUCCUUGCCGUGGGUAGCCAUGGCGGCGGCGAAGUCAAACCAACUCAGCACCCUUGUGGCCAACAUGUUCGCUGCGGGUUUGCUGGAUGAUCAGUUCCGGCAACUUGAGAUGCUCCAAGACGAGGGCAACCCAGACUUCGUUGCGAAGGUUGUCAUGCUUUUCUGCGAGGAGGGUGAGCGUAUCAUUGGCGAGCUCGCCAAGCAAUUGGACCAACCAUGUGUGGACUAUGGCAAGGUGGACACAUUUGUGGAUCAGCUCUGGGGAAAUAGUUUAUAUGUUGGUGCUCGGAGAGUGAAGAAUACUUGCAUUCAGUUCCAUGAGUGUUGUCAGGAGAAGAGCAACAUUGGGUGCCUGAAGGCACUGGAUUCUGUGAGAAAUGAUUUCUAUGAUCUGUGCAGCAUGUUCAUACCAUAGGCUUCAG